AUGGCCGGAGCACUUGCAAAUGCCAAGGCUAGCAUUAGCAAAAUACGAGAUGAAGAUCGGGAAAGUCAAUUCGGGCUCAUUUAUUCAGUGUCUGGACCUGUCGUUAUUGCUGAAAAGAUGAUUGGUUGUGCUAUGUUCGAACUAGUUCGUGUUGGACAUAUGGAACUAGUUGGUGAAGUUAUUCGUAUUGAUGGUGACAAGGCAAUCAUCCAAGUUUACGAAGAAACAUCUGGUUUAACUGUGGGUGAUCCUGUGCUUCGUUCCGGAAAGCCAUUGUCUGUAGAAUUGGGGCCUGGAUUAAUGUCGAAUAUUUUUGAUGGGAUUCAACGACCUCUCAAGGCAAGCAGCAUUCAAGACUUGUCACAAAGUAUUUACAUUCCUCGUGGUAUCAACACCCCUGCCUUGGAUAAGGCACUCAAUUGGGAUUUCGAGCCUGUGAAUGUUAGAAUUGGUGACCACAUAACUGGAGGAGACAUUUUCGGCAAAGUCUUUGAAAACAGUUUGAUCACCCACAACAUUAUUCUACCACCAAAAGCUUUGGGUACUGUUACUUAUGUAGCUCCCAAGGGCCAAUAUGACAUUACACAACCUGUAAUUGAAGUUGAAUUCGAAGGGCAAAAGCAAAAGUAUACCAUGUUACAAAUGUGGCCUGUUCGAACCCCUCGUCCAGUCACAGACAAAUUGGCUGCAGAUUACCCGCUGUUGGUUGGUCAACGUAUCUUGGAUGGACUCUUCCCAUGUGUUCAAGGUGGAACUACUGCGAUUCCUGGUGCUUUCGGAUGUGGAAAGACAGUCAUUUCACAAUCUGUGUCCAAGUACUCCAACUCGGAUGUUAUUAUCUAUGUCGGAUGUGGAGAACGUGGUAAUGAGAUGGCUGAAGUAUUGAAGGACUUCCCAGAGUUGUCUAUUGAAAUUGACGGAAAAGAAGAAUCCAUCAUGAAACGUACUACUUUGGUCGCCAACACAUCAAACAUGCCUGUCGCUGCUCGUGAAGCUUCAAUUUAUACCGGUAUUACCUUAUCUGAAUACUUCCGUGAUCAAGGCAAGAACGUUGCCAUGAUGGCAGACUCUACUUCUCGUUGGGCUGAAGCUUUGCGUGAAAUCUCUGGUCGUUUGGCUGAAAUGCCUGCUGACAGUGGAUAUCCAGCUUAUCUUGGAGCUCGUCUGGCUUCGUUUUAUGAACGUGCUGGUAAAGUCGUCUGUUUGGGUAACCCUCGACGAAAUGGUUCGGUUUCUAUCAUCGGAGCUGUAUCGCCACCAGGAGGUGACUUUUCAGAUCCCGUUACUUCUGCCACACUUGGUAUCGUGCAAGUCUUUUGGGGCUUGGACAAGAAACUUGCGCAAAGAAAGCACUUCCCAUCUGUGAAUUGGUCGAUUAGUUAUUCCAAGUACAUGAAGGCCCUUGAACCCUUUUAUGAAAGCUUUGAUCCCGAAUUUAUCUCGAUUCGAACUAAAUGUCGUGAGGUCUUGCAAGAUGAAGAAGAUUUGGCUGAAAUCGUUCAGCUUGUCGGCAAGUCGGCAUUGGCUGAGACAGACAAGAUCACAUUGGAUGUCGCCAAAAUCAUCAAGGACGACUUUUUGCAACAGAAUGGAUAUUCUGCGUAUGAUCGAUACUGUCCAUUCUACAAGACAGUCGGAAUGUUGAGAAACAUGAUGUGUUUCCAUGAGCAAGCUACUCAUGCAGUUGAAGCAUCAUCUGGCCAAUUAAGUUGGGCCAAGAUUCGUGAAUCUAUGGGAGAUGUCAUUUACAAGCUCAGUUCGAUGAAGUUUGAGGAUCCUGCUCAAGGAGAAACUGUUGUCAGAGACAAGUAUGCUAAACUGCAAAAGGAAAUAGAAGAUAGGUUUAGAGCUCUAACAGAUUAG